AUAUUUGGAUUAUGGACAUGAGGGGAAGCGGAAAAGAGAAAAAGUUUUUUUUUAGAGAGAGAAAGUUGUAGAGAGAGAAUUUUAAGAUCUCAGUCAUACAUAUCACCAGCUAUGGAUGAAGGAGGGGGAGGAGGAGGAGGUGGAGGGAGAAGGAGGAGGCCGUGGUUUUAGAGAGAGAAAGUGGUGAGGAAUUUCAGAGUGAGAGAGAAAGUGAGGCGGGAGAUUGUGGUGCGUCCUCUGUUACGAUCUUCUUCAUGAGGGGGCUGAUGCGUGGGAGGAGAUCGAUCGGUUUCCGGCGACUCUCCGGGCGCUUCUGCGACCGUUUUCCUGCGGCCUGAUCGCUGAUUUGGAGUUCAAGCAUCCAGAGGACUACUGCAACUUGUCUAAAUGGUUUUCAGAUACUCUCUGGAGGAGUUGAAGAUGAAAAUUGAAGGGACAGUUUAUGAAUCACCGACCAUGGUUGGUGUGCGGGGAUGUUCCAUUUUCCAGCUUCCCGGUUCCUUUGAUGGAGACUUGGGCUUUAUGCUGAAGAAUUGUUAUUUGUUAGCAUAUAUUCUAUUGGCUAGACAAAAUAAUAACAAGGUCAAAGAUGUUGGAAAAGGCUUACUUAACAAGGAGAUGUAUAUUCCUAGUUUGGACUGUAUAGGACUAAAGAAAAAGAAACCUAUGAUUAGGGCAUGGGCAGGAGAGAAUCAUGGUGGUCAGGCAUCAGAUGAUAGUUUCCUACCUGGUCUUAAUGAUGACACGGCAUUAGAUAUUUUUGCUUGGAGCAGCAGAUCAGAUUACUCGAAACUUGCUUGUUUGAAUAAGAAAUUCAAGUCAUUGAUUGGCAGUGGAUAUUUGUAUAAACUCAGACGCCGGCUUGGAGUCAUUGAACACUGGGUUUAUUUGGCCUGUAUUUUAAUGCCAUGGGAAGCUUUUGAUCCUGAAAGACAGAGAUGGAUGAGGCUACCUAGAAUGCCAUGUGAUGAAUGUUUUACUUAUGCAGACAAGGAGUCUCUUGCCGUAGGCACUGAGUUGCUCGUUUUUGGUCGUGAACUGUCAGGAUUUGCAAUUUGGAUGUAUAGCUUGCUUACUCGUGAUUGGUCAAGAUGUCCUCUGAUGAACUUACCUCGUUGUCUCUUUGGUUCUAGCAGCCUUGGGGAAAUUGCAAUUGUUGCUGGGGGAAGUGACAAGAAUGGCCAUGUUUUAAAAUCUGCCGAGCUCUACAAUUCUGAGCUGGGUACGUGGCAAACAUUGCCAGAUAUGAACCUGCCACGUAAACUGUGUUCAGGAUUCUUUAUGGAUGGGAAAUUUUAUGUAAUAGGAGGCAUGUCGAGCCACACAGAUUGUUUAACUUGUGGAGAAGAGUACAAUAUUGAGACAAGGAUAUGGAGGAGGAUAGAGAACAUGUACCCUGGGUCCAAUAUAGGUACACAAUUUCCUCCUGCCAUGCGAUCUCCUCCACUGGUUGCUGUUGUAAAUAAUCAGCUUUAUUCUGCUGACCAAGCAACCAAUGAGGUAAAGAAAUAUGACAAGUCCAAUAAUUCAUGGAGUGUCGUGAAGAGGUUACCAGUUAGGGCUGAUUCUUCUAACGGUUGGGGUUUAGCAUUUAAAGCAUGUGGUGACAGCUUACUCGUGAUUGGAGGACAUAGAGGGCCUGAAGGUGAAGUUAUUGUGCUGCACUCUUGGGAACCAGAGGAUGGAAAUGCUGGAGGACCAGACUGGAACGUGCUUUCUGUCAGGGAGCGAGCAGGUGCUUUUGUGUACAACUGUGCAGUAAUGGGCUGUUAAUGCAUUUGUUUCUAUGUUGUCUUUGGUGAAAAUCUUUGACUUGUGGAGAAAACCAAAUACCUCAUUGGUUGGGAAAGCAUCUUAUGUUUUCUCGGUAUCAUUUAUUGGGCAUUUAAUUUGUGCUUUCUUUAAAAUUUAUUUAUGGCUCUUUGGUUUUAUGGCUUUUAAAAAGGUCAUAAUGGAACAAGUUAACAUUGAAACUUAUUACAUGAUUUAUUCUAGAUCUUUUUACUGGUAAGGUUAUACCUUAGUUCUUUAA